AUGGCAAAAAAAUCAAAAAAGCCAGAUCCACUGCCACCGCCCAGUAAUCUGGUGUCCAAAUCAAAGAAGAAUGAGGAUUCUCCACCUGAUCCCAAUAAACCACAGCGUGGUUUAGCAAUUGGUGAAAAUUUUGGAUGGACAGGAAAGUUACCUGCAACGUUACUACAUGAGCAUUGUCAAAAACAGAAAUGGGGCAAGGUAAUAUUUGAUAUGAAGAAGACGUCGGCUGGGUACAUUGGGAUUGUCAAUUUAAGUUGGGAAAACCCAAAGACAAAAGAAUUGAUCAAGUUGAGAAUGCAACCUGAUCCAGAAACUUAUCAGCCUAAAGAAACUACCAAUGAAGCUCGUCACUAUGUGGCCACAUACACGCUACACCGAAUUAAUCAUGUUAAGAACAUGAAAAUGGUGUUACCCAUCAUUUUUAGGGACUAUUGGACGGCUUUGGAGAAAGAACGAUUGGUGCUUUUGAAGACGAACAAAGAAGAACAUGAUUUCAAAUUUAACGCCAACCCGUUUACGGCAUUUAUAGAGAAGCGGGAGAAGAAGGAAAAGAGAGAGAAAGAACGUCUUUUGAAGCAACAGAAUGAACUGAAGUUGAAAAAACCAACGAUCAGCAUAGGUCCUACCAAUUCACUUCCCAAAAAAGGAACUGUAUCAGGCAACACUCGUCCAACUUCAGACCUCAAGUUGAAGUCGCAAGAUGGUCCAGCACCUACCAAAGCGUCAAAACCAGUAAAUCAACAGCAAUUACAAACAACAAGAACUUCGUUUCCCAAGAAAGUAUGGGCAAGUGCUCCAUUCAUUGACUUCAGUUCCGAGAUACGAGCAUCCAUUGAAGACUCCAUUAAGCACCACAUGGACUGGGUUCUCACUAAGACAGAAGUCUCUGCGAAAUCACUGACUUCUGACUUAUCUUCCACUCUAGAAACUUUAGGUUUUAGACCACUGCAUAUUCAAGAGGCAUUCACAUAUACCCUGACAUUCACUUCAGCAUUGGAAUGGCUCAUUUUCUACAUUCCCGAGGAUGACUUACCGCCUAUAUUCGCCAAGUCUGACCAGGACUCGGCUGUGUCUUUGAAAAUCUCUCACAAUAUAAAACUUGAGUAUAUGCUCAAACGUUUAGGGGAAUCGGGAUUUGACAACGACGAGAUUAUUGCAGAGCUAGAAAAGCACAACAACGAUGAGUUCUUGACCAGCAUAAGAUUGACUCGCAAGCUCAUUGGAUAUCAAGCCAAAGACGUCGGUCCAGUUGACGACUCGCAGCAAUUGUGGGAAGAAGAAAUCGAUGCAUUGAAAAGUAUUGGGAACCACAAAAUAUCUUUCCAAGAAGAUCGAAGGAUUGUCAACAUUUCCUUGAGUCCAGAAAACAUUUCUGCUGGUUUGUUUCAAGUUCGCUUGUUGCGCUGUGACGACUACCCCAAUAAUCUUCCUGGAAUCCAAAUUAUUGUUGCUGAUCCUUCUUUCAAAUUGGCCAAGUAUAUCAAGAUCUCGAUUCUCAAACAGCUCUUGUCUUAUAUCUUGGAGAAUAGCUUUGUCGGUGAGUGCAUGGUGUACUUGAUAGUGGAAUGGCUUGAGAGCAAUAUCGCAUCAAUUAUUGAUAAUCCCGGUCCUUUGGUUUCUGGCUCCUUUGCUUCCCGCAGCAGGGUAUCGGCUUCCUCAAAGUCCAAAACCAAGACCAAAACUACCUCGAGGAGACCAAAAGCAAACGACAUAAAUGUGGAAGAGCUCGCACAAAAGUAUCAAGAUUUGAUGAAAUCUUCAAAAAUGAAGUCGUCUAUUUCUGACAGAAUGCGCUUACCAGCGUGGAAAAAGAGGGAAAGGAUCGUUGAGGCUAUCAAUUCCCAUAAAGUGACAUUAAUCACCGGAGAAACUGGGUCUGGAAAAUCCACUCAAGCAGUACAAUUCAUGCUCGAUUACAUGAACUCUCAAGGCGAUUUCAAGUCAAGAAUAAUUUGCACCCAACCACGAAGAAUUUCAACCAUGGGUCUUGCUGAGAGAAUCAGCGACGAGAGGUUGUCUGUGGUUGGUAAGGAAACUGGUUACAUUAUUCGAGGCGAAAAUAAAACUGGUCCCGAAACCAGAAUCUCAUUCGUCACUACCGGUGUCUUAUUGCGUAUGCUCCAAUCAUUUUUAGCAUCGAACAAAGACGAUGAAAGUGUGUUUGAAAGUCUAGGAUACAUCUUCAUUGACGAGGUUCACGAAAGAUCUGUUGACAGUGACUUUUUGUUGAUUGUGCUCAAGACAGUAAUGUCCCGGUUUCCAGAUCUCAAGAUUGUUCUUAUGUCGGCAACAAUCAACAUUGAUACAUUCAAUAGCUUUUUCGGUACAAAAGUGAACCAUAUCCACAUCGAAGGACGAACUUUCCCCAUCAAAGAUUACUAUUUGGAUUCCAUUUUGGACGAUCUCAACUUCACCAUAAUGUCUGACGACGGUGAGAAAUUGCAACCUAAAGCUGACUCUCGGUUUUUCAAGUUGGGCAAUCUCAAUUACGACUUGAUAGCACAGUUGUGUUUGAAGAUUGCCAGCGAUAGUGCAGACUCUGAAGGUUCGUUUUUGAUCUUUUUACCUGGAGUGAUGGAAAUCAACCGCACCAUUAGAAAAAUUGAAGAGUUAUUUUCCAACAAUCGUAUGGAUUGCUGGUGUCUCCCAUUGCACUCUGCACUUUCUCCCAGCGAGCAGAAGAAAGUGUUUCUUCGGCCUCCUAAAGGCGCAAGGAAAAUUGUCGUUGCAACAAAUGUGGCAGAAACUUCCAUCACCAUUCCCGACUGUGUAGUUGUGAUAGACUCGGGAAGAUCAAAAUCGCUUUUCUAUGAUUCUCAAAUGGAUGCAACAAAGUUGGUAGAGAAUUGGUGCUCAAAAGCCGAGGUUGGUCAGAGAAGAGGUAGAUCUGGUCGUAUCACAAACGGAACAUGUUACCAUCUUUAUACCACCGAGACACAAGCACAAAUGUUGGCGCAACCUAUUCCUGAAAUCAUGAGGACCAGACUUGAAAACUUGUACUUGGUUGUUAAGUCCAUGGGUAUUGACAAUGUCGAAGCAUUUCUUAACAGUGGAAUUGAUCCUCCAGAUCUGUCUUCGCUAGCCAAAUCGCUGCAAUUACUUACAGAGAUGGGAGCGUUGAAUGAAGGUAACUUGACGUAUUUGGGAAAGUAUUUAUCAUAUCUUCCCACCGAUCUUCCUAGUGGAAAGUUGCUUAUUCUUGGCUGCAUUUUUGGCUGCUUGGAUAUAAGUUUGACGCUAGCAGCUGUGAGCUCGAGUGGGUCGCCGUUCUUGAACAGUUUUGAAAACCGAGACAAAAUCAAACAGGUUCAAUCGAGUUUUUCCAAAGGACAUGGAGACUUUAUUGCCCUGGCAAUUGCAUUUGAUGAAUACAACAUGAUGAGAUUCAAAGGCCAAAAUACCAAAAAGUUCAUAAAGGACAACUACCUUUCGUAUCUCAACUUGACCACCAUAUCAUCCACGAGAGAACAAUUCGUUUCGAUUUUGAAAAAUAUUGGAUUUGUGCCUAUGAGCUACAAUUCCAGAAACAAGGAAAAUAUCUCGAAUCUCAAUAGAAACAGCUCCAACUUGACCAUUGUGCUGGCUGUACUUACCGGAGCAUAUUAUCCCAACGUUGCAAGGGUUCAGUACCCAGAAGCAAAGUAUUUCCAAUCCUCAGUUGGAGCCGUUGCCAUGGACCCUGAUGCCAGGCUUUCCAAAUUUUGGAUCAGAAACGAAAACUAUGAAAAAGAUAAUGACUCCUCAGAAGAGCUUCCAGCAUCUCGAGCUUUCAUUCAUCCAUCUUCGGUGCUCUUUGAUACCAGUGCAGAAGACAUUGUAUCUCCCGACUUGAAGGAGUUCAUGGAUGAAGAAGGCAAUAUAGAUAUGGCAAAGGCACGGUCAGGCUAUAAGGCUGAUUUGACACCCAAAGUACUGCUGAACUCCAAAGCUUUAAAAGCACCGUUUGUGGUUUUUGGCAACUCCCAUUUUUCCACCAAGUUGUAUAUUCGAGAAUUGACCCCAACGAGUUCCUUGGCAACCGUGUUGCUAGGAGGUGAGAUAUCCUAUGACGUUGCUGAAUGUCUCAACACCGGAAGGCCAUCGCCAGGAAUUGUGCUUGACAACUGGAUCCCCGUGAGAACUUGGUGCAAAAAUGGUGUUCUUUUGAAGCAGUUAAGACUCAUGCUCGAUAGGCUAAUUGAGGAAAAACUAUCAAAUCCAGAAUCCACCAUCGACACUUCAAGUCAAGAUGUGUUGCCGAUUAUAGAGAUGGUGUUGACACAAUAA